AAAAUUGAAGUGAGCAAAGCAAAGAGGCUUCAAGAUGAGUUGUCCUAUGCCGGAAAUUGGUUCCUGCAUCUCGCUGAUAUCGAAAGCCGAUAUCCGCUAUGAGGGAUUGCUGUUCACUGUUGAUCCGGAGCAUUGCACGAUCGCCCUGGCACGAGUGAAGUCGUACGGUACGGAGGAUCGGGAAACCCAGUUCCCGAUUGCGCCACAGAACCAAUGCUACGACUAUAUCCUGUUCCGCGGGUCGGACAUUAAGGAUAUACGGGUGAUCAACAACAACCCGGUCCCGAAUGAUCCGGCUAUCAUGCAGAUGCAUUUGCCACCGCAGCAGGGUCCGCAGAUGCCGAUGCCGAACAAGCUGGGCCAACCGAGCUACCCGUCCCAGCAGGGCUUUAUGAUGCCGCAGAUGGGUGGUCCGCCGGCCGGUGGACCGCCCGGUGGUCCGAUGGGUGGUGGCCCGCCGGUAACCGGUGGGCCGAUGGGUGGACCACCGCCGCCCGGUCACGCACCACAAAUGGGAGGUGGUGGUGGCCAACCGUACAAUGCAUUUGGCGGCGGUAUGAACAAUCUCGGAGGAAGCGGAUCACGUUCGGGAACGCCGAGCAACAUGUUGUCGCGCAAGAGUCCAACGGUGGACAUUGCUGUGCAGACGAACCAGCAGCAACAGCAGCAGGCGCAGCAGCAUCAGCACGGGCAGCCACAAUCUCAGCAGCAGCAGAUGAUGCAGCAGAACAACAACCGUAACGAUGGUGGCAACAACAAUCAGCGUAACAAAAACAACAACCAGCAUCGGGGUAAUCAUCAGAACAACAACAUACGAGAGAGACGCGAUUCGGGCAAGCAGCAGCUGCUGCAACAACCGCAACACGGUGGUAACGACAAUCAGAUGAAGGAAAAUUACAAGCCAAGACAGCAGCACCAGCAGCAACAACAGCAGCAGGGAGGCCAAAAUCGUACCGGAUGGAAUAACAAUCGCAACAACCACCAGAACCACCAGAACAACGGUGGCAACAACAACAUCGUGCGCCGUCCGCGCGGAAAUAUUGGUCAACCGCAACAGCAACAGGGUGGUACCGGUGGUACCGGUGGUGGACAGCGUGCAAAGAAUUUGCUUAAGUUCGAAAACGAUUACGACUUUGAACAGGCAAACAGCAAGUUCGAAGAGUUACGAUCGCAGCUUUCUAAACUUAAGGUGGGCGAAGAGUUGAAACCGGAGCAGAUCACUACCACUACUACUACCACCACCACAACCGCAACGACCGAACCGCUGGACAAGAAGGAUGAUUCAGGCAACGAAACCGUCGCUGGCGACCAUGAGCAGGAAGAGGAAGACGUCAUCUGCUACGAUAAGGCCAAGUCGUUCUUCGACAAUAUUUCGUGCGAGGCGGUGGAGCGUGCGAAGGGAAAGCAGCAGCGUACGGAUUGGCGCCAAGAACGCAAGUUAAAUACGGAAACAUUCGGCGUCGGAUCGACCAGACGUGGCGGAUACAACCGACGUGGUGGUUACUAUCACCGUGGCAUUAAUUACCAUCGCGGAGGUAAUAACUACCGUGGCGGUAACAACUACCGAGGCCGUAGUGGCAACCGUCAGCUGAACGGUGGUAACGGCAUGUCGCAUAACCGAUCGUCGACCGGUGGACAGCAGCAAAAUGCGUCCAACAAUGGCAACGCCAAUGCCGGCGGACAGCAACAGUCGAAUCAGCUAAGCUCGGCUGCACCAACUAGCCACCAGGAGCAGCAGCAACCAGCGGUCAUAGAAGUGGCGGCAGGCAAAUAAUGCUACGGAAACCGGAAGAAUACCACGGAUAAAUUGUUACUUUUAGAAAGCUGACUAGUUCCGAUACAAAACGAUUGAGCAACAACAAUACGGCAGAAGGAGAAAA